CGGUAAGGUAAUGGUAUACCUGAUAGUUAGAAACUUUCCGGUACCGCCACGGGAGAGAGUGUGAUAGAUGAACAAUGGUUACAAUGGUCCUUACCUCUAAUUCUUUUUCUGCGCACUUCUCUGAAAUCUUGGUGUUUAGCGGAAUCCCUGUCCGGAAUUCUCUCGCCUGCUCUGUGCCGUUUACAAAUCGGCCACAUCACCUGAAAACGAGUCAGCGUAUGAAUAGAACCGGUGCUCUGAAGGACUGGAAAGAUUAUGACCAAGCUUUGAAGGAUAAGGACCUAACCAGAGCUCUUCGGUUCCUAAAGAGUAUUCCUGUUCAACCAAAGGAGGAGUCUUGGAUAGAGUCUAGCCGGUAUCGGAGCGAGCUGGAUUGGGCAAGGGCCGCUCGGCAGGAGCGCAAUUGGGAGGUUUUGGAUACCUGCUUGAAUGCGGAUGAUAUGAGGCUUGUUGCCGGAGCGUACACUUUUCUUAAGGGCAUGGAUCUCUUGCCCAAUUUUGGGAAAUGCAGUAGCAUUGUUCUGGAAGGCACGCGAGAUGUAACACCAUCAUUAUUGAAGUCUUUGACUGGUUUAGAUGUGACAAAACUUUCACCCAAAAAGUGGGGUCUUUCAGGAAGCUCUAGCCUUAUUUUGAUUGCAUUGCUUGCUGGAAUCUCUUUUAUGGUAAAUCAGGGAAUGGACAUCAGACCUAACAUUACCGCAGUACUGGGCUUGACGGUGCUUGAUGCUAAAUUUCUUGGAGGUUCUUGCUUAGCGCAGGUCUCAAGCUACUGGCCACCUUAUAGGCGCCGAAUCCUAGUUCAUGAAGCUGGCCAUCUACUUGUAGCUUACCUCAUGGGCUGCCCAAUCCGUGGUGUUAUUUUAGACCCCAUUGUGGCGAUGCAGAUGGGAAUCCAAGGCCAGGCUGGAACACAGUUCUGGGAUGACAAACUUGAGAAUGAGCUCGCUGAAGGCCGGUUGAGUAGAACUGCUUUUGACAGGUAUUGCAUGGUUCUUUUUGCUGGGAUUGCCGCUGAGGCUCUUGUGUACGGAGAAGCAGAGGGUGGAGAAAAUGAUGAGAAUUUAUUCAGAAGCACCUGUAUUCUUUUAGAUCCACCACUAUCUGUUGCUCAGAUGUCAAAUCAAGCUAGAUGGUCAGUAAUGCAAUCCUAUAAUCUGUUGAAAUGGCAUAAACAUGCACACCGAGCUGCAUUUCAAGCUAUGGAGGGUGGGCAGAGUCUGAGUGUGAUUAUUAAAAGAAUUGAGGAAGCUAUGUCUUCCGGCAGUUGAACUAUGGAAUGCAAGAUGUAUACUUCUUUCGUCCAGGAAGGGACUUGAAGUGAUAAUUUGGACCGAGAAGUAAUGGAAAAACAAGAAAUUUCUCUACAGGCCUGGUGUAGAGACGUAGAGUUUUUAUGGCACUUUCAUUAUAGGUGGUUCAACUUACUGCUGGUAGCCUGGUAAUAACAUCACACUGCAUAUGUGAACUGCCUUUAAGAGAAGAGAUUCUUCCAUGUAUUAGCUGCACAUUGAGAAUUUAGUGUACUUUCUUAGUCAUUAGCGAACAAUGUGAAAGAAAUGUUUUUGUUUUAUCUAAAAGGACAGUAUUUAAAAAGGGAAAAUGUAAAGAUUGAUCAUUCAUUUAUUUUUUUGCCAAAAUUUAGCUCCCUUGUAAGUCCAAACUGUGGUAGACGAACUACAUAUCAUGUAGUCAUGUACUUCUCGUAGUUAUCUUUUUAACUUUAUCAGUUUAUUGUGGAGAAUGAGAAUCAAAAGU